ACGAUGACCCUCCAUCCAUCUUCCUCCAUUUUCGGUGGGCCACUCUCAACCGCCAUGGAUCAAUACACUACUCUAGAAACCUUCAUCGCCGGCAACAACAGGUGAAAAAACCACCAUUUUCUCCGAUCAUCAAAAUCUAACAAAAAUGUUGUUUCCAACCCUAACAAUGCCAUCAAACUUCACAAUCCUCACAACCGCCGCAUCACUCGCCACCUCCGUCAUUCUAAUCCGUUCAGUCGCCGCCGAUCUCAUUCCAUCACAAAUCCAAGAUUACUUCUCUUCCUCCUUCAGAAACUUCUUCAAUCGCCUCUCUUCUCAACUCACCAUUAUCAUCGAAGAGUUCGAUGGUCUAACCCUAAAUCAAAUGUUCGACGCCGCCAAUGUUUAUGUCGGUGCAAAAGGAACAAUCCUUGCUCCCCGUACGAUUAAAGUCUCAAAGCUAGACAAAGACGAAGAGUUAUCUGUCACUCUUUACAAGAACCAAGAGAUUAUCGAUCUGUUUCGAGGUAUUAAUCUUACAUGGGUCCUUCAUACUUCAUCAAUCAGAAACAUUUCUGAAAGUAAAAGUAAUAAUAAAUCAACUAGAACAGAGAUUCGUUUCUUUGAUCUCAGUUUUCAUAAGAAGAACAGAGAUGUAGUUCUUAAGGAUUACUUACCUCAUGUUCUUGAACGGGCUAAAGAGAUUAAAGAGGAAAGAAAGGCAGUGAGGCUUCAUACUGUGGAUUACAAUGGUACAGAUUAUUGGAGUUCGGUGGCUCUGAAACAUCCGGCUAGUUUUGACACAAUGAUAAUGGAGCAGGAGAAGAAGAAGAUGUUGAUGGAGGAUCUUGAUCAGUUUUUGAAGAGGAAGGAUUAUUAUAGAAAGGUUGGAAAGGCUUGGAAACGUGGGUAUUUGUUAUAUGGACCACCAGGGACUGGGAAAUCUAGUUUGGUUGCAGCCAUGGCUAAUUAUUUGAAAUUCGAUGUUUAUGAUUUGGAUUUGAGAGAGGUUCAAUGUAAUUCUGACUUGAGGAGGCUGCUGAUUGGAACUGGGAACAAAUCGAUACUUGUUAUUGAGGAUAUCGAUUGUAAUGUAGGUCUGCCUAAUCGUGAAACAGGGGAACGAACUAUGAAUGGCGAUGAUGACAAGAUAACGUUGUCGGGGCUUUUGAAUUUCAUAGACGGUUUGUGGACAAGCUGUGGGGACGAGAGAAUAGUUGUAUUCACGACGAAUCACAAGGAGCGUCUUGAUCCAGCAUUGUUGAGGCCGGGGCGGAUGGACAUUCACAUUGAGAUGUCUUAUUGUAAGUAUGGUGGGUUCAAGACUAUGGCGAGUAAUUACAUAGGGAAAGAAGAUCAUCAAUUGUUUGGAGUGAUUGAACGGUUAAUGAAGGAAGUUCAAGCCACUCCGGCAGAGAUAGCUGGAGAGUUGAUGAAGACCGACAAGCCCGGGCUUGCACUCGAAGGUGUCAUCAAGUUCUUAGAAAACAAGAAACAACAACAAAAUAUAAUUAGUAGUUAGACUUUUAAGAUUUUUGUAAUAGAAAAGAAACUCAAUCAAGCGCGAUUCUUAUUUAAAGCACUUGUAUUGAAGUGAGGGUCACCUAAUCAUUAGUAAUAGUCCCUUAUUAUGUCUGACUUUGUUUAAGACAUAAAUUUGGAGGAUUGUUGACAAUGAAAGUUACCUCAAAUAUUAAUGUUGUUGGAAACAAUUGAAAUGGAAAAGCAUUCAAAAUGUGAUUAAGUUUGU